AUGAAUAAAAUUACAAUCAUCUUCUCACCAUACCAUGUAGGUCAACGUGAUUUUCGUGUGGGUAAUGGUCCCAAUAGGAUUCUUGGGUUUGGUAUCGUUGAUGUCCUAGAGAAAUUGGGAUAUGAUGUGAAUAUUGUGGAAAUACCAAGAGUGGAUGAAUAUGAGGGAGAAAUUGGGAAAAGUUUUGAAAUUUUGAACAGAACAUCUGUAGCGGUGAAAAAUGCUGUAUGUAACGGUACAUUUCCCUUGGUACUAUCAGGAAAUUGUAUGGCUACCACUGGUGUUGCAUGUGGUUUGAGAGAAGAAAAUCUUGGGUUUAUAUACUUUGAUGCACAUGAUGAUUUAGAUUCACCAGAUGUGAAUACCAAUGGUUAUCUCGAUGCUAUGGGAUUAUCCAUGUUACGUGGUGAAAGUUGGAAAGCUCAUAUGUCUAAAGUACCAUAUUUUAAACCUAUCAAACUUGACAAAUUUCUUUAUUGUGGUCUACGUGAUUGUGAUGAAACUCAAAUAAAGCGUGUUAAGGAAGCUAAUAUGAAUGUUAUAUGGGGUGAUAAGUCUAAGAAAGUGGAUUUCAUUAAGGAAUUUCAGACUCAAAUACAACAGAUUGAUUAUAGUCCUGCUGUGGUCCAUUUAGACUUGGAUUGUUUAGACGCUGCAUAUGGUAAAGUCAAUGACUUUCCAUCUGAAGGUGGUCUGUAUGAAAAUGAACUUUUAGAAUGUAUUGGUAUGGUUCCACAGUAUACAACACCUCGCUCAUUGACUAUUUGCUCUUUUGAUCCUGACUGCGGUGAUGGUGAUAGAAUUGCCCAGAUUGCUGUAGAGGCUGUUAAAAGAUUUUUCACCAGUUUAAGCAAAAAGAAGUAA